GAAUGGAUGGGGGUGCACUGGGGGGUACUUUGACUCAUGACAUCAGUAUUUUUUCAAGAAAUAAGUACGUCCAUUUCCGCUUCAUAAUGUUGUAUUAUUUUGGUAUAUCGUUUGUUUUGGCUGACAGGAUCACAGAUGAUACCUUGCUGUAUGAGUAACGUCUGCCAAGAUCCAGUCAUAGUGUUGCAUUGAUUCCUGUCGCUGAGAUCCAGUGCCAGGUUUUUCAGCGGCCUCUGUCUGUGUCUGGCAGCAGCGCAGCAUGAAAGCAGUGGGAAACAGAAACACUAUGGCUGCCACUCUGUCUCUUACUCAGCUCUCCAGUGGAAAUCCCAUCUAUGACAAAUACUAUCGGCAGGUUGAUCCGACUGGCAGUGGGCGGGUGGCGGCGGCUGAUGCAGCUCUGUUCCUGAAGAGGUCCGGUUUGGCGGACUUGGUCCUGGGAAAAAUCUGGGAUUUGGCAGACUCCGAACGUAAAGGUGCUCUUAACAAGCAGCAAUUCUUCAUCGCUCUACGGUUGGUGGCCUGUGCUCAAAAUGGCCUGGAGGUGGCACUCAAGAGCCUUAACGUGGCUGUUCCUCCCCCAAAAUUUCACGACACAAGCAGCCCACAGUUAGCAGGAGGAGUGGCUGCUGACAUGCCCUGGGUUGUGAAGCCUGAGGAGAAGAUGAAGUUUGACUCCAUCUUUGACAGUCUGGGUCCAGUAGCAGGGAUUCUAACAGGAGACAAGGUCAAGCCUGUCCUGCUCAACUCCAAACUACCUGUGGACAUCCUCGGCAGGGUGUGGGAGCUCAGUGACAUUGACAGAGACGGCAUGUUGGACAGAGAUGAAUUUUCAGUGGCCAUGUAUCUGGUGUACAGAGCCCUGGAGGGGGAGCCUGUUCCCAUGUCCUUACCACCUCCCCUGGUUCCACCCUCCAAGAGGAAAAAACCCUCGGUGCCUCCCGUGAUGCCCCUGUUACCCUCGCCCCCCUCCGUCAAAGACAGUCGCUCCUCCCACGCUGGCUCUAAGACCAUGCCCCACCCCCCUAAACCCGCCCCAGCUCCUGUCCCAACACCAGCAGCUGCCCCUGUGAGUACGGGACCCGUCGCUCCUCUGCAUGCAGCGGCUGAAAAGUGGGUGGUGUCGCCAGCAGACAAAGCAAAGUAUGAUGAGCUAUUCAGCAAGACAGACGGAGACAUGGACGGCCUCGUGUCUGGGCCUGAAGUCAGAGAUAUCUUCCUGAAGACAGGGCUGCCCUCUGCCACCCUCGCACGUAUCUGGGAGCUUUGUGACAUUGGAGACAUUGGCAAACUGACCAGAGAGCAGUUUGCCCUGGCGCUUCAUCUAAUCAAUCAGAGGCUGACUAAAGGCCUGGAACCUCCGCAGGGUCUCUCCCCAGAGAUGAUCCCUCCGUCUGACAGACAAAACAUGAAACAGAACAACGUGGCUAACCUGGCAGCUGACUUCUCUGCCAUCAAGGAGCUGGACUCUCUCAGCAACGAGAUUGUGGAGCUGCAAAGGGAGAAGAGCACUGUGGAAGAGGAGAUCAAGGAGAAGGAGGAGGCCAUCAGACAGCGCAGCAGCGAAGUGCAGGACUUGCAGGAUGAGGUGGCGCGGGAGAGUGAGGAGCUGCAGCGGCUCCAGACUCAACGUCAGAAGGUACAGGAUGCCUUGGAGGAGCUGGACCAACAGAAAGGCUCCCUGGAGGAGCAGCUGACUCAUAUUCGCCAGCAGACAAGCCAAGAGACCCAUCUGAUUUCAUCGCUGCAGUCGGAGCACGAGGAGCAGGAACAGAAGAUUUGUCAGUUUGAGGAGGAGCUGGUCCAAGCUCGAGAGGAGCUCCUGGCUUUGCAGGAGGAGAGCAGGAGGCUGCAGGAGAAGGUCCAGGCGGCUCAGGAGCAGCUCACACCUCUGCAAGAGUCUGUCCGCGACUCCUUUACUCAAGUUUCACAGGUUCAGCAGAAACUGAACGACCUUCAGGUGGAAGAGAGGUCAGUAACAGCCCAGCUCAGCUGGAAGAGAGCCCUGGAGGACAGCUCUCCUGUCAUGGUCAACGGAUCAGCAGGCCCUGCUGCAGAGCUGCAUCAGGGGGACCUCUUUCAGCAGGACCUCUUCCAGCAAGACCUCUUCCAGCAGGACCACUUUCAGGAGGACCAGCCUAAAGAGCUGAAGGAGGAAGAACCAGCUGCUGUCUGCAAUCAGCAGAAAGAACAUUCAGAUCAAAAAGAGAAAGAAGUAAACGAGAGAGAAGAGGAAGAAGAGAAGGAGGAAGAGAGUCCAGAGGAGGAGAAUUUGAAACACGACGCCUUGGAUGAUCUCUAUACGAGUCUAGCCUCCUCUGAGAUAUUCAACAAUCGACCGAAGCCACAAGAGAACAUGGUGAAGGAACAAAGUAGCCCGACACCUGACGUCUCCUCGGAGGUCAUAGAUGAUGUAGAAGAGUCGCCUAAAGAGAGCCCACCAAAGGUUGCAUCACCAGAGCCAGAGAGCAAACCGGAACCAGCAGAGUCCCCAGAAACCACCACUACCCCCUCCUCAUUACCACCUCAAGUCGGGCCUCGCUCCAUGCCGCCUCAGACCAGCCCCCCCUCCCUGCCGGAGAUGGAUUUCUUCCAUUCAGACCCCUUUACUGACCACGAUCCUUUUAAAGAUGAUCCAUUUGGAAAAGCAGAUGUUGCGGAUCCAUUCGGAGGUGAUCCGUUCAAAGGCUCCGACCCCUUUGCUGCAGACUCUUUCUUCCAGGCCUCCGCUGCCCCCUUUUCCUCAGAGGACCCUUUCUCUGCCUCAGCUGACCCGUUUGGUACCACUACUGGCGCGCCAGAGCCAGACCUGUUUGCGGCCAAGCCGAAUGACACAGCGGCCGCACCAGCAGCAGGUCCAGAUCCCUUCACCUCCAAACCUGCCAAUCCAGCAUUAGCAGCCAAGGAUCCAUUCAGCUCUACGGCGAACAACAUGGCUGAUUCUGACCCGUUUGGAGGCAAAGUGAACGCCAUCGGGGAGGCGGAUCCUUUUGGUUCUCAGGACGGAGGGGCUGAUCCCUUCAGCUGUUCUUCACCUUCCUCUGAUCUGGCUGUGAAGGACACCGCAGCAUCCAAUGACCCCUUCGCUCCAGGUGGUACGACAGUAAACGCCAGCUCAGAUCCAGAUCCAUUUGCUGCUGUUUUUGGUAAUGAGUCUUUUGGAGGGGGCUUUGCAGAUUUCAGUGCGUUGACAAAGUCGAACGGUGCUGACCAGUUUGGCAUUAACAAUAAGAACCUGUUCCAGGACGACAGCCAGUCUGCCGGCCCUGAUGUGCCCCCUGCCCUGCCCCCAAAAACGGGUACGCCAACCAGACCUCCUCCUCCACCUCCAGGUAAGAGAUUGUCCAUCUCCAGAACAGAGUCCUCUGACUCCUUCCAGCGGAGAGGGCCCUUCCUGCAACAACCUUCAGGAGACUUCUCCUCCUCCUCCCUGCCUGCCAAGGAUCCUUUAGCCGACCCCUUCGCCCCCUCCUCCCCUCCUCGUCACAACGUACGGGAAGCUGACCGAUUUGCCACCUUUGACAAAUAUCCAACAGAGGAAGACAUGAUAGAGUGGGCAAAGCGCGAGAGCGAGCGAGAGGAAAAGGAGCGGCUCGCCCGGCUCACCCAGCAGGAACAAGAGGACCUGGAGCUGGCCAUCGCACUCAGCAAGUCUGAACUCUCCUGAGGAGCUCGUCUCCCCUCUCCCCCUCCCCUCCUCCUCCCCCCGUCCACUGACCUGGCUCGGCACGGCACAGCACAGCCUGGCCCAGCCUCAGAAAGCACCAAAGCAAAGUGGGGACUGUAUAGGACUGAUUCAGCAGCACCUGCUGACCCCAUGAAGAGACUUUCUUAGAAUAAACCCAUCUCUGAUUCUUUCCUUCUCCCCAGACUGUCCACGGUUCACUGGCAUUGCAGUAUUGUGUUUUCCAUCCUGUUGGUCUUGUUUUUGGAGGAGAGGACCAAGAUGGAGUGUAUGUUCUGAAGAAUGGAUUGUUGAAAAUGAAAUGCAGUGAAAAUGGAUUUAGAGAUUGCUCCGUUGAUUUCAACACCAGGCUACAAAUGCCACAUUAACUCUCCAGAAUGUAAUUUAUUUAAUGCACUCACAGCUAGAUUGAAAUGGCCUCGUCGAAAGCCCUGUCUUUAUCCUCUAACGGUUCUUGCUAUACUUUAUUACAACUCUAGCUUCUGAAGUUAUUCUGAGAUUUCAUGAGAUUUAGUCAGAAAAUAGACUUUCUAACUUUGUAGAGCCCUGAAAAAAAAAAACUAAAAUCCUUUCCAGCUCUUGGUUCAUUUUCUGAAACUAAAUCUUGAACUUUCAAGAUAGUAAGCUGGGAAAGAAGAGCAUUUUUGAGGCACCAUAACAAAAUUUAAGAGUGACCAUGUACUUUUCUAGUCCUGUUUGAUUGCAGAAGGCCUAUGAGAUUUUUUAAAAAAGUAUUUGUUCAGGACAGGAUGACAUAAUCCGACAUUUCUACUUGUUUAACUGGAAGUUGCCAGUCCUCUGAUAUGUGAAACGCAUGUGCAGAUUUACACUAAAAUAGAACAAAUCCAUCACAGCUACAACCUCCAGCUACUAGAUACAUUAAUCUCUUUUACAUUUCUGUGACGCAUUGUUUUGUAAUUCAUCUGUGCUGUGAAAGUUUCUUUUUUGGGAGAAACUAAAGGAAUGAAACUACAUCUGUGGCAUGUAAUAAUUACAUAUUAAUCAGCAUUCAAUUUUAGUGCACACUACAAGAGAUUGCACAAAACAAGAACAUUUUAUCUGAGUCAAACAACAAAUACUUAAUAUUGUAAAUGAUGUCAAGUUUUACUAAUUUGGUCUUCUGAUUUAAUGUAUGCUAUGCAGGAGUUUACAAUAAAAUAACACCGGAUAGACUCGUAUUAAAUAGAGUCAUUAUAGAAUGGUGAAAUGUCAAGAAUGUGAAGUUUGUUCCAAAAUGGAGAGUAAAUCUGAAGGUUUGCUUUCAUUUUCAAUGGGCCAAAUUUAAAUGUUGUGUUUAUAAACAGUAAACAACAAUUCCUGUAUACUAUACCUUUAAAUAAUCAAAAGUAUGGUGAGUUUGGACAAUAUCAGACAAAUAUAAAUUUCAGAAUAGAAACUUGGUAUUCAUAGAUGAAUGUUUGAGUGUGGUAAAAACAGAUGUAAGUCCACUUCUCUGCUUCCUUUUACAUUAAUGUUUAUCGUGAGUGUUAGUCCUGAUUGUUAGGCACACAGCAGCUCAGUGUCUCGCUGAAUGACACUUCAAGAUCAACUUCAGUAUUCAAUAUCCAUUUCACCUCCAGGUCCAAUUUUAAAGUGUCGGUGCUUCUUUUUAUGAACGUUUUAUUUUUCCUCAAUGUUUUAUUUCUUUCUUUCAGGAGAUGCUUCCUCUCUGGGAGACUUCAAAGUCUUACACAAAGUCAGUAAACGUUAACGUCUGUGUUUUGUCAGAGCAGUUUGUGUGCACUUCAGGCUCUGUGGGGAUUUGUCUCACUGGUGUUUUGAGGAUAAACUCCCCCUUGUUGCACUGCAUCCACACAGCUGUUGGUCGGCCAGUGAUUAUUUUUCUCGCUGGGUAAUUUAGUGUUUUCUCCCAGAAACUGAAGCUAACACUCAGUGCUACACUGUGAUGAAUGACGAGGCUUGUUUAAAGAGCAGGAUGCCUUUGCUUUCAUUUUCUCUGCAAACAGUGCACACCACUUCUUCCUGUUCUGACUUAAUUUUUCUCCUUUUGGCCUUCAUUAACAAAUGAGCAUCGUCACAGUUUCCUCUUCUCAUGUUUACCCAGUUUACUGUCCGCUGUUGAUGCUACACUUCCUUCUGACUACGCCUCAUAUUACACUUCAUGUUUAUUGUAAAUAAGAGAGAACAGAUGUCAUCCCUCUCUUCUUCACCUUUACAGCUGAGUCUCUAGUCUCACUACAGUUUAAUUCUCUCACAUUUAAAGGCCACCUGACAUGUUACUGUCAUUUGUACAGACUCCUUUUACAAAUCAAGAACCACUUGUGUUUCUAGGCUUACCCAUAAAUGCUUUUUAAAACUCAAGCUAAUUGUAUUUUAUUUUGUAUUUUCUAACGUGUAAGAAAAGAAUCAUUAUUUGGAGGUUCAGCCAGAAUAUGUAAUGCAUUUAAUUGAAACAGAAUAAAUAUUAAACGUGUAGUUUUGCAGUUUG